GUGUCAAAAGGUGCGAAAUUAUUUUUUUGCUUCAUAAAUUUUCACCUUUGUUCCCCUACUUGAUUUAACAUCUUAGUAUUAAAAGCAAUAUCUACAUAAUUUAUCAAUUAUCACAGUUGAUCAAUAAUAGGUUCGGUAAUUACAAGGUGAAAAGUUAUGUGAUUGUCUUUCAAAACUCCAUACAAAACGAACAUACAAUAUACAUGAGCUUGAACUUGGAAGAGGCUAACGAAACGCAACAGCUAAUGCAGAAUGAGGGGGAAGAAGACGAGCAGAAAGUCGAAGCAACCUCCCCAGUCACCAGCAACAAGAUAUCGAGUGGGGCAGCUAGCCUUACGUCUAAGAAUCAUUUGACGACUACGAACACAGGUAACAAUAGCAUAAAUGAUUCUGCGAAGCUGUCCUACGUUAACGAACGUCGCGCCUACCACAGAGACUUCAUGCGGAAUAACAACAGGCCAAAACAUGUCCCCAAAGAGACCCCAGACGUAAAACACAUGGAGAAAGAUCUUAUGGAGCUACUGGACGAUUUUCACACGGGAAAACUCAGUGCAUUCGGAACAGGAUGCAGUAUGGAACAGAUGAUUAGUAUACGAGACCAACAGGAGCACCUAGCCCGCCUGCACUUCCGUCUGUACGGUGAAGCCGAAAAGCCCUCUGAUGACAGCUUCGAAAACAAUACUUCCAAAGAUAAAAUGGCACAGCUAGUCCAAAGUUUAGAACAACUGUCCACUUCUAUUGAACUCUUGCAGUCAAAUGGGAAUACAAGUACAGCUUCAGAUAGCUAAGACCUAAAUCAAAAAUUUUAGCUUUAUAAUAUUUAAUUCAUCAAGCCCCAUA